AACAUUAAAAACACGGCGAUAAAAACAUCGCACUUUGUCUCUAUAAGUUUUCCCCUUCUUGGAAAAGAAGAGAAGACCCUGGAAUUUUUCCCAUGGCUUACGUUGAGCGAGGUGUUGUGAAAUCAAAGCGAACAAUAUGGCGACUGAGAACCAUCACUGAUUUCUUCUGGGCAAUUAUCAAUUUCAUAGGAGUGUUUUUUUCAACCAUGCUCUCGAUGGAAAAGUCAGAUGCCUACAGAAAAGGCUCUGGUUCAAGCAAGAAAUGGGAUGGUGGUCCGGGAGGACCUGGAAGUGGACCAUAUGGUGGUGGCGGUGGCCCUCGCCGACCGCCACGUGGACUAGACAAUGUUCGAGGAAUUGACCAUAGUUCCCUGCCUGCCUGCGGCUCUUGCUGCGGUGGCUAAGUGCAGCAUAUCUGUUGUGCAGUACACUGUUAUGUCUGAAGUUCUCUUAGUUUUUGUAACAAAUUUCUACGUUUUUAAUGGUAAUAGAUUGCCUGUGAAACAGAGAACUUUAAACCUCUAUAAACAAUGAUGCUUUUGUGUAGUCUCAAACGUUUAUUUUAAUGAUCUUUCAGCAAUAUAUGUUGCUACAGCCUACAUGGCUGGAGCGGUCUUUAUAAAA